AUGAAGGUCGCUAUUGUCGCUCUCGUUGUCGCUACCAGCGCCUGCCUGGUCAGCCUUGCCGCAGCUGCGUCGCAAUUCUUGGGCGACUUCCUCAUCUCGAACCUAGUCGUUGAUGCGCCUUUCCAAGCAUAUCCCAACUCAACGGCCUCGAGCUUUGUCUGGUUUGACUUCAGCGACCAAGACACCCUGCACGUCAACCCAACUCGCUGCAUUGUCGAAUGGGCCGUAGGCAUCACUUCCGAGAAUGGUACGGCCACCUGCGCCAACAAUACCUUCACCGUCCAGAUCCCCGACACUACCUAUUAUGGCAUCCAGAACUUCUCCAUUGACUUGUCUCAUACCUACCUCGACAACACCGUAGGAGAUCCUCCCUACAAUGUUCUCACCAAGCUCGGCGGCCUCAACAUCACCUUCCCAGAGAUCGAGAACUACAAGUGCGACUUGUCGAGAGGUCACUGUGCAUCAGUGGCCGACGCGAGUUUCCUCGCGGUAGUGACGGCUGCUAUUGCUUAA